AAAGAAUAAAACUAUUUCCUUUUCCCUUUGGAACUUCCUUCUCUUUCGGAACAACCUACCAAUCAUGUCAGCUCUCAAAAAUUUUGCUAUCCACACCCUCUCUUCUCCCUCAAAAUCCAGAAAUACUCAAUUUUUCUCCAUCAACUUUUCUCCACACAUCACCCGACAAAAUUCACUACAAAACCCAACUCUUUUUGCAAAAACUGGUCUUGUUCGUCCAAUAAAUGCUGUCACAGAAGAUAGGGAAGUAGACAGUACAGAAGAGAUCAGCCAAGAAAAUGAAAAGAAAGAUUCAAAUGACAGUGAAUUUGUGGAAACCAAGAAUAGUUUGUCCAUUUUGUGGGACAAAGAUAGGUUUCUUAAUGCUGCAAUUGUACUUGGUGCUGGUACAUUUGCCAUCACAAAGUUACUAACAAUAGAUCAUGACUAUUGGCAUGGAUGGACCUUUUAUGAGAUAUUAAGAUAUGCGCCGGAGCACAACUGGAUUGCAUAUGAGGAAGCACUGAAAACAAAUCCUGUUUUAGCUAAAAUGGCUAUUAGUGGUAUUGUCUAUGCUCUAGGAGAUUGGAUAGCUCAAUGUUAUGAAGGGAAACCUCUUCUUGAAUUCGAUCGAACUCGCAUGUUUAGGUCUGGUCUUGUUGGAUUUUCACUUCAUGGAUCACUUUCCCAUUAUUAUUACCAAUUUUGCGAGGCUCUUUUUCCGUCCAACGACUGGUGGGUGGUUCCUGCUAAAGUUGCUUUUGACCAAACCAUAUGGGCAGCAGUUUGGAAUAGUAUCUAUUAUGUGGUUCUUGGUUUCUUGCGUCUUGAAUCUGCAGCCAAUAUUUUUGGCGAGCUCAAAACCACGUUUUGGCCCAUGUUAACGGCAGGUUGGAAGCUUUGGCCGUUUGCUCACCUAAUAACUUAUGGUGUUAUUCCUCUUGAGCAAAGACUCCUUUGGGUGGACUGCAUCGAACUGGUUUGGGUUACUAUUCUCUCAACUUAUUCAAAUGAGAAAUCAGAGGCACGGGUAUUGUCUGAAGAACUAUCGGAAGAUAAAUCUGAUUCAUCAUCGAGCAAAUUGCCCGAGGAUUAAUCAAUCGAACAACAUCAGAGAUUUUAUGAGUUCUUUGAUCAAGUUAUAUUUAAACCUGAGAAACGAAGUCAUAGGCACGUCGGUUACCGAUUACUCCAAGAGCACUCAUCCAUAAACCGGUUACUGGCCAGCAUGUGUAAAAGCUAUCUAGGAAAUUAAAAGUGUCCCAUAUGGCCAACAAUGUUUUUCUUCUGCUAUAUUUAGUUAUUAUUACUUGCUCUCCUUGCCCCUACCCCUUGUUGAAUGUGGGGAAGAUAUAGAAAAGGCAAAAAUUAGAAGGAAAAAAUUGAAGUGUGUGGAGGUGGUUUAUAGAUAAUGUUUAAAUGAAACACAAUUCUAUUGUACAGAAUACAGGGUCACUUUCUAUUUAUAUAAUGUUUCCUUAUCACUAA